AUGCUGACAGCAAAGCUCAACAGUAUAUCUCUUGGCACGGCUCUGAAGCACAUCUGCCAGCAUUGCUACAAGAGAUUGCUCGUUCACCUUAAUGAUACACACCUUAUUACAUCAGGCACAUCGCUCCAGCUUGGACCAAAAGUACAUUCUGAAUUGAAGUAUUUCACAAGGAAGUUUCACAAGGUCUCAGCUUUGCAAUCAUUAGAGAAAAAGACAUCAUCACUUUUCAACCAUUCAGAAUCAUCGCAACCUUCAGAGUGGGACAGCCCUUUUCAGUUACCAGUUCCUGAACUUGAUUGGGCAUUUCUGUUGGAUAGAAAGAAUACUGAAUUUAUAGCAAAUAAUAUACUGAACAGAAAAGGCAUUGGAGAUAUAUACAAAGUGAUUUCUCUUUCUGAGCAACUUGAUAAAGAGCAGAAUGAAGUGGAGAAGGAAAGAAUUCACAGAGAACUGAUCUCUGAAGCUUUGGAUAUUCCAAAUUUGAGCCACCCCAACACAGUUAUUGGUGAUGAGUCGGGAGCUCGGGUGGUAGAAGUUGUUGGUACUAAAAAAGAAUUUGACUUCACACCUCGGAAUGUCAGUGAAAUAGCAGGAAGAGGCCUGAAAAUGUUGCGGGAUGAGAGGUUAACAUUCUCCACCGGAGCUAAAACAUAUUACCUGGAGGACGGACUGGCCAAGUUGGAAAGGGCCUUAGUAUCAUUUACAUUAGACAAACUGCUGAAGAAGGGUUUUCAGCUAGUUUCAGUUCCAGAUUUGCUGUAUCCUGGAGUCAUUGACAGCUGCGGUUUCAAGACAAGCUCUGAUCGAUCUCAGGUCUACCAUCUCCACCCACGCUGCUUGAAUGGGGCUUGUUUGGCUGGCACUGCAGAGAUGUCUCUUGCUGGUUAUUUUAUGAAUGAAGUUAUCCCUUAUGAUCAGCUGCCAAAAAGGAUGGUUGCUGUCAGUCGCUGCUACAGGGCUGAAGCCCAAGAGAGAGCAGCUGAGAAGGGACUGUAUAGAGUUCAUCAUUUUACCAAGGUUGAGAUGUUUGGACUAUCUUCCUGUGAGAGUGGAACAGAGAGUGAAGAUCUUUUACAUGAGUUGCUGUCAAUAGAAAGAGAAUUGUUCUCUGCACUGGGAUUACAUUUUAGGGUUCUGGACAUGCCGACACAGGAACUUGGUGCUCCAGCCCAGAGAAAGUUUGAUAUUGAAGCUUGGAUGUAUGGAAAGAACAUUUGGGGCGAGAUAUCCAGCUGUUCCAACUGUACAGACUUCCAGUCGCGACGACUGAACAUCAAAUAUAUCUCCCCGUCUGGAGAACUCCGACAUGUGCACACGGUAAAUGGAACUGCCUGUGCAGUCCCCAGAUUGAUAACUGCCAUUCUUGAACAGAAUCAACAACAGAGAAGAAAACUGGAUUUACCAGAGAUACUGUGGCCAUAUCUUGGUGGACUGAAAUGUUUUUCCCCGGAAUGGAAAAAGUCCAGUUAUACUUUUAUCAAGACUCUCAGCAAAGUGUAG